UUAUCCCAGCUGACUGUACGCCGGCAGGAAAAGCACGAAGCAAUGGAAGUGGCUCAACACCGCUAAGUAAGUGUUCGUUGUCUGAGAUGCCAACCAACCCACUCUGUAUAUUCUUGAUAAUAAUUAACUAGGACUACGGUAAUCGUCGACCGGCCACCUCGCUAAGAGGAAGUGUUUUGGGUGCAGAGCCAAAACUAACGUUACGACACUGUAUAUCAAACGGUCCAGUUAAACUACAGCCGACGUCAACAGGUUCAAGAGGUGUUGUCCCAGUCAUCUCACCUGAUCUGAAACUCCAUCAUCACAUCUACUGACCCAGUGAUCUGCCAGCAUGUCAAACGCAGACUCUGUGAGGGUCCGGGUCUUCUCUCUGAACUGCUGGGGGAUCCACUACCUUAGCAAACACUGUGGUCAGCGCUAUGACAUGAUUGGAGAUAUGUUGAGCAAGGGAGAGCAUGAUAUUGUCUUACUGCAAGAGGUGUGGAGUGAGAAAGACCACCUGUCCUUGAAAAAGAAACUUGCCUGUAGUCAUCCUCACUCCCAUUACUUCAAAAGUGGAGUUAUAGGAAGUGGACUGGCCAUUUUCUCCAAACACAGAAUCCUUGACACAUUUCUUUAUCGCUACUCACUGAAUGGUUAUCCAUACAUGGCACACCAUGGAGACUGGUUUGGGGGUAAAGCUGUUGGGAUGGCUGUCUUAAGCAUUGGCAGCCUGACUGCAAAUGUCUAUGUGACUCAUCUGCAUGCAGAGUACUGCAGAGAGAAGGACUCUUAUCUACCUCACAGAGUGGUUCAGGCCUGGGAGCUGCAGCAGUUUGUUCGGCACACCUCUGCUGGAGCAGAUGUGGUGAUUUUAGGCGGUGACCUCAACAUGCACCCUCAGGACCUCGGCAACAGACUGCUGAGGUCUUACACUGGACUCCGAGACUCUUAUUUAGAGACUGCUAAAUUUGAUGGAUGUGAGGAUGGUAUGACUCUUAUAGCUGACAACCCUUUUACUUGUAAAAAGGAGCUUGUUCCCUUUGAAAAGGGAAUCCGAAUUGACUACAUCCUGUUCAAGGGAUCUUCCAAAACGGAUAUUUUUUGUGAUUCCAUGUCCACCACCAAAGGCUGCGUCCCUGACCAUCCUUUUCCAUACUCCGACCACGAGGCUCUGACUUCUGAACUCAGGCUGGAGUCACACACUCCACCUGAGGUUGGAAAAGACGAGCAAUCAAAAGAUCAGGACUCUGCUGGGAAGGUGGCUGAGUUGGUCGACAUUGUGACAGAGGCCCGUACUGAAGUCAAAGUGGGCUUGCACUGCGCAGAGAGGAAGCGCUGCACAGCAGCACGCACUGGAGUAAUGGGGUUGGCCCUGCUGUUCCUGGAGCUGGCCAUCGCCACCGUGUCCUGGUUGGCUCUGGGAGCCGAACAACCCUUCCCCCGUACCUCCUUCUACUUGCUGGCUGCGCUGUGCUUCGCCAUCCUGCUCACCACCUCUCUGCUGUACAUCUUCUACACCAUGGAGCUGAAAUCUCUUCAGGGGGCUGAAGACCAGAUGAGACUGGCUGUAGGAAGUCUGCAGGAGAAGCUCAGGGGUUUUCCUCUGGCUCAGCCUCACAACGUCCAGCGGAAGCCACCAGUGGGUGACCCAGAGGAAUAAUGUCAGAGCCAACUGGGUCAAAGCGGGCUCAGUGAAAGGAAGCCUUUGAAGUGAGCUUUAAGAGGGAUGUUUGAGGGAGUCAUUGCUCCUCUGAAUGUGUUUUAUGCUCUAGAGAUUUAGAUUUGUACUGCAGAAUGAAGGAAGUUUCUGAUAAUAGUGCAGGACACAAUCAUGCUUUGACAUUUUUAUACUUUUUAUAUACUUGUCGCUUUUAUUACCUCUAGAUUUCCCUCUAUGCACCUCCACAGAUAUGCUUCCUAUUUGCCAGUAAGAUACUUCUGUGCUACUGCUGUGCUUAAGGGUCAUAAAAAGUGAUCAUUUGUGUUUUUAAAGCAUCAGGUCUGACUUGCAUUCCACCUGCCAGUAGUUUCACCGGGACCAGUUGUUUCUGUUUUUAAUUUCAUGCUUCCUAUUUUGUCCACCACACAGUCAUUGUGGGUCCAGAAUGUGUUUGCAUAUUUACUUGAUGUGCUUAAAUAUUUACAGAAAUGGUUUCCGCUGCACACAAGACACAGGUUUACAUUUAGGUCAGUAACAUUUUUUUCUCUGCAGGACAGAUCACCGAGAACUUCCUGUAGCACUUAAAGACAAGGAUCCUAAGGCAUUGGUUUACACUUCUCAGCUUAGUAUACUGUAGGAAAAGGGACAAAGUUUAUCUGCAUGUCUCAGUUCUCAUCUUGCACUAGAAAGUAUCUUUAUGUCAGAGACAAUCUACACUCCUCUUUCCCAAACUAUAGCUGUGGGAAUGUGCUUAAGCUAUUCUGUCAUAUAUACUCUUAACUUCUGCCUAAUUUGAUCACAUGAAUUACCUCUGCAAAGCCUUUUGUGCGGUAGAAAAUUAAAAUCACUUAAUAUAUCUUUAGUGUGCAGUGCACUUAGUUGACUAACCAGAUAAACCACUUCUUUUUAUGUAUGCUGGGAAAUUACUUAAUGUUCCAUAUCACUGUACAACAGUGUUAUGAUUUAGCUAGAGCCUAACAAUGUCACCUCAGUGUAUGAAAAGUACUCUGUAGUUUUUUAUCUUUUUAAGGUUCACAGAAUUUCAGAUGACCCCUGAUGUUCAUUCCAAUUGAAAAUUGUGAUGAGCAUGAUCAUGAAAGCAAUAAUAAAGACAUUACACUCA